AUACUCGAAUUAAAUUAAUUGAAAAAAAAUGGGAUCUUCUAGUGAAACACGAUCAAGUUACUCGGAUAUAAGUGAUCGAUAUGCUAAGCGAUAUUAUAAAAUAAGAAAUGGCAGUGAUAAGGAUGUAGUAAAGAAAAAUGAGAAGAGCUGCUGUGAGAGGAUGUGCAUUUGUUGUUGCUGUAACGGUUUGAAAUGUUUAUGGGCAAUUAUCAAGUGCCCGUUUCAGUGUCUGCAUUGUUUAAUAGUGUCACCUUGCCUGAUUCUCCUCUUCUGCCUUCUCACACUCGUCGUCAUUGGAGUCUUGAUGUAUUAUUUUCACAAAGAAAUUAUCGAUUUUAUUAAAGUCGAUUUAUAGCAAAUAAAAUAUAUUUU